CUGACUUUCGGAAGGCCUCGUAUGCGCACAGACAAACAGGAAAUUUUUCGGCAAGGUAAAUUUUGACAGUUCAGUGAUACAUGUAAGGAUAAACGUGCACAUUCCAGUCAAAAUGUCAGUUUUGACAUUGGAAGCUAAAUUAGAACGAGUGGACCCUAACACACCAUGGGGAUUUCGUAUGCAAGGAGGAAAGGAUUUUCAUAGUCCGUUGUCGAUUCAGCGGGUUAAUGCUGGAAGCUUAGCCGCUAAAUGUGGAUUACAACAAGGGGACAUAAUUCUAAAAAUAGGAAGUGUAGAAACUGAGGUACUCCGACACAAGGAGGCACAGGACAGUAUACUCCAUAGUGGAAAUAAAUUAGAUUUAUUAUUGCAGAGAAUUCGAGAUAAAAGAGGUAUAAAUAAAUUGAUCGGAAGAAACCUAGACCAGUAUGUAGAUACAAAAGGUAGUACUCCAACUCAAACCUAUGUAUCAACACCUUCUGUAGGAGCCUAUAACCUUCAGGGCUCUGGUCCUGCAUCACCAGCUAGCAGUAGUCCAGGGAGUCAGAACUAUAACCAAUCAGCCAGACCAUUUGGAAAUACCUCCAAUAAACCUAGCUAUGGCAUGGACAAUGUCACACAGAAAACAUCACAGAUGUCAUUUAAUCCAAAACCAGUUGAUUAUCAAAGUGCCGGUCAAAAAUAUGCUGAGAGAGAUGAUAAACCACCAUCAUCAUCAAUGCAAUCUAAGUCAUUUAGGUUCUUGAAAGACACACUCGAUAGUGGACAAGAACCUCCAAGUGCUUUGAGACCUAUGAAUAAAUCUGUUACCAACCAGAGAGCCGUCUCACCAAACACAGUUGUUUCAAGUAAUUCUAAACCUCGCCAGUUCAACACGCCUACUGGUCUUUACUCAGACCAGAACGUUGCUGAUGCUCAUAAAGCGCAUGCCAGGGCAGUACAAAAUGCCAGGAGAAGGAAUAGUGAUGAGAAUGAAACCUCAGAUCAAAGUGGUGCUGAUUCGGAAAUUGACGAACAAGGCAAAAAAGUUUACCGUCCCUCAGAGACAUUCAAACUUGUACACGAAGCAGAAAGUGGCGAAAAGAAAAAUGAGGAUGAUUAUAAACCCAAUCAUUCUCGGACAUUUAAAUUUUUACAACAACAGUUGAAUGGCAGCAGUGAUGUUCAACAAACACCACCUCCGUCUGCUCCCAAGGCACCACCACCACCGUCUGCUCCUAAGGCACCACCAGCAUCGAAACCAGGAGUUUGGACACCAGGGCAAUCACAGGGAGGUGUUGCUACAGCCCCUAAGCCAUUCUCUCCUACUGUACAGCCAUCUCCUCCUGCCCCAGGGGGACCCCGUGGAGGGGCUGCACCUAAACCUACUGGGGUUGGUGCAGUGAGAGCCAAGAAAGGCGAAGCAUCCAUGUUUAUGUCAGGUGAUGCGGCUCCUGGUGGUCAAAGAGUACCAGUCUGUAACUCCUGUGGCAUGAAUAUCAGCGAACAAAAACGAGGGCCAUUUGUGGUAGCGCUAGGUAAGACCUGGUGCCCUGACCAUUUUGUCUGUGCCAACCCUCGCUGUGGGACUAAGUUACUUGAUAUAGGGUUUGUGGAGGAGGGAGGAUUCUUGUACUGUGAGAAAGACUAUGAACUUUACUUUGCACCAAAAUGUGCUGUCUGUGGUAGUGCUAUUGUUGGGGAAUGUGUAAAUGCAUUACAGAAGACUUAUCACCCUAAAUGUUUUACCUGUGUACAGUGUAAACAACAAAUUGGCGGGAACCAGUUCCAUUUGGAAGAAGGGAAACCUUACUGUGAAAAUGAUUGGAGACAGCUUUUCCAGACCAUGUGCCAUUCAUGUAAUUUCCCCAUUGAACCUGGAGAUAACUGGGUAGAAGCUAUGACCAAAAAUUAUCAUUCUGGAUGUUUUAAUUGUUCUACAUGCCAGAUUGGUUUAGAAGGACAACCAUUCUUUGCUAAAGCUGGUAAACCUUACUGCAAAACGCAUGCUCGAUAAAUAUUACCAGAUAGUAACCAGUGUGUUCUUAGAUUGCUCCAGAUCCACUACAUAGUAUAGUGCCUUUUCAUAUCUCCAUCUGUAACAUUGCAUUGUGGGAUGUGAAUGUGAUGUUACAUUUUUUUUAACUUAUAUAUGCAAUGAAAUUUUUAAAACUUUGUAAGUUUUAUUCUGAAAUCUGGAUUAUUUAUAGUGUAUAACAAUUUUGGGCAUGAGUGAGUUUUUGUAAAUUGUGUACAAUUAUGUCAUUGAACAAGAUAGAUUUAUUGAUAUUUGUUAUUAUUGACAGUGAAUUAAUUAAAUGUGGUAUAAUAUUGAAAUGCAUGGAAUUACCACUAAUGAAAAAAAAAUAUGAAAAUUUUUACAUUAUAUUUUUCAUGUUGAUAAAGAUUAUUGUAAAUUCACAUUUAUAAUUACAACUAGAAGAAGAUUUGAUAUUGUCAAAGGUAAAAAAUUCUUUAAAGUUUUCAUGGAUCUGAAAUCCAUAUAUAUUAAGAAUAAAGCUCAUACAGUCAUUGUUAAGUGUCAACAGGUUUUCAUUAUAAAAUUAACUCAUAUUCUAUUUUCUGAUGAAUCAGCAUAGAGGUCAUAGUUGUUAUCAUUUUUGUUGCAUUCUAAUUUUCUAAAAAGCAACCAGUCAGAGGAAUUAAAAUACACACACACAAAGUUAUAAAAAACUUCCAUCCAAUAAAAAGGUAAAGUUAAUUUGAAAAAAUCUUUACCAGGUUAGCAUUUAAAGCUUUUAAACUUUUCACCUGGAGAUGAGAAAAAAUGAUUUAAAACUGAAAGCAUUCAUCAAAAAACAAUUCAGAAAGAAGAUUGGAAGAAAAAUCCAUAGCCUCAAAAUGUUAACCAAAAUACUAAGCUGUUGUUAUGAGGCCCAACAACAGAUUUGUGUUUUGGUUACAAACAAUUUCUUUCCAUUACUUAAGACAAUAAAUCGUUAUGAUGAUAAUCAAUUCCUUUAUAACCUUUGUAUAGAAUGUCAUUAUCUAGAAGGUACAAUUAACUGCCAUUUACAGCAACAUAUCAUUUUCAUUAAAGACAAUUUAGAGAAAACAUAUCCAAUCAUAAAAUCUCUACUUGAAAUACAAUAAUAUCAUUGAUUAUUGUAUAGACAUUGUUUAUUUUCAGAAAAUAAGAUAUAAUUUCUGUCUAAAAUGCAAAGAAAAACUGAAAUUAAUCUUUCCAAAAUCUAAAGGACUAGUGGGAAUUUCAUUUGUCAUACCCCCAAAUAUCAUUGGUUCAAUUCCAUUGUCAUACCCCCAAAUAUCAUUGGUUGAAUUUCCAUUGUUUAGGACGUCGUUAGCCAAUCACAAUGCUUUGGUGUAUGCUUUUAAAAAUAUUACCAAGAAUGCAUAAGAUUCUGAAAUGGUGAAUUCUUAGUAAAUGAACACUUAAAAUCUUAUUAGUAAAUACAUGUAAUUGUUAAAUAAUCAAACACUUUAAAGCUCAAAUAUCUGCAGAAAUUUUUUAGACAUACAUGUAGGAAAUUUAAUACUUUUAACUAAAUAAAGACACUUUGAAAAUUACUAAGGAUCCCAGGCCAAUAUUUAAAAGAAGCAAAGAUGAUUGAAAAAAUUUCACUAAAGUUUGUAUUACAAUAAAAUAUAUUCAAACAAGAAACUACUCAUUCUAAUAAUUAUCUGAUCUCUUUCAAAAUAAAAAUGAUCCAUGAGUCCGGUGUCUUUUUACAAGGUUUUGUUGGUCAGAAGCAUAGUUUGAAAAACAUAUUUUUAUCUCACAAUCUAUAUUUGUAUAUUUUUGGGAUAUUUACUGUAAAUUAAUUGUGGUGAAACCAAACCUUUGUGAUAGUAUUCUGUGCCUUUAAGCUUUUGUAUUUCUAUAUGUUUUGCAUUUCUUCACUGCCUUGUACAUGUAUCAAAUUCAAACCUGGUGAUUGAUACUGGCACCUGGACUCAUUUGAUAAUUAUAAAUAGAACACAUUUAACAGUUACACAUUACAGGGUUAGAUUGUAUAGUUAUGACUCUUUAAAAAUUCUACAAUGCUUUUGAAAUGUAUCAAGUUUUACCCUGGAAAGUGAUACAGGCAUCUUGAAUUUUUUUCCUUUUACUAACGAUUAAAACAAAUUUGAUGAUUGCAAAACAGGGUUAGAAUGUAUAGUUAUGACUCUUUGUAAUCUUCCAAGUUAAUAUUAAGUGUGCAAAUGAUAAAUUUGAAUGAGAUGUGUUUGAGUGAUUAUAUUUGUUAAGAAUAUAUUAUUUGUUGGUUUGUUAUAUUUAUUUAUGUAGAGAUUUUUUCUUAUACAAAACGGCUUCUUCCUUUUAUGUCCCAUCAUGAAUUUUCUAUUUUUACACGUUACUAUGCUAUAUCUUUAUAUUUAUAAUAGUAGCUUUUUGAUUAUAUGAUUAUAAAAAGAUCAUCACGAAAGAAAUACAUUUAUUGGAUAUGCCUUGCUUUCAAUAAAUAUGCUAGCUUAUAAGAAAAAUUAAGAACUUAAAUUUUUGUUUCCAGAUGCUAAUUUUUACACAUUUUUAUAAAAAAUGGUCAACAAUAAAAAUUUACUUUCAUCAACUAUUUAUUAAAAAAUUUAGCUUUUAAAAAGUGAAUUUUUGAGUUUAAUUAAAUUGGCGAAAAAAUAAAAUGUGCAGUGAUGAAAUUGUAUAAAUUAAGCUAAAGAAAUAUGAUUGAAUUAGUUGUAAAGCAAUCAGUGUACACUUCUAAGUGCUUUAUCAGUAACUUAUCCGAACAUACAAUAACUAGGUCAUAAAGAUCUUUCUUCUGAAGUCAGUAAAUCAUCCUUUUGAAUGUCUCAUGAUCUCCAGAUAUUUGCAUGUGCUGGAUGAUAGUUAGGUGCAUUUUUAAAUAUUUCAGUUCAAAGCUUAGUACAUGUAUUAAUUAUGAUAUUGAUUAACUUAGAAAAGACUGAUAUCAUGGGAUGUGACUAUUCUAGACAGUGUAAGAAGUAUAUUAUAUAAGAUAUGGAAACACAAGGUACAAAAGAGUGGCACAUCAGAGAAGAUGUGGCUGUACAUUUGGUUAUUUGUAUCAGUAAUAUAUCACAGUAACCUACUUAAGUAUAAGGAUAUUGUUAUUGGCUUGUAGUACUUAAUGAAUAUUUAAUGUACAUGUAUACCAUAACGAACAAAAGAAUUUAAUUCUGAUAAUCAUUGUAUAACCCUGCAAUGUAUAUUAUAGUGGUGUUAGGAAUGUUGAGAAAUAAACUUGUUCUUAAGUAAAA